AGUAGAUGAGAGGGGCAAAGCCGCCUCCACCUCUUGUCACACUGAAGCAGGAAAGUACAUGAAGAUUCCAGCACCAACCCCGGACGACCCUGAUGCCACAAAAAUCAUCAGGUUCAACUUGUCCAGUGAUGGCAGCGAGAACCCACAGUCAAGCUUUGAGUGCAUUCAGCAGGACGACACCGACCACCUGGAGAGCAAGGGCCAUAUUCAGGGCAAGAUGACAGUUUGUGCCACAGAACAGGCCUACCAGGAAACGCAGAAAUACCUGUCUCAGAUGGAGAAAUCCAGCCAGAAACGCUAAGUUUGCAAAGGUCCAGAGCAAGCGGAGUUUAAUGCCAGGCUCACGUGGCAGCAGCAGCAGCAAACACUCCCUGUGCAAGAGGAGCCAGGUCCUCAGCCCUGUGGCACGCUGCCCCUUGAAGGAACGCAUUAUUCAUCGGCUGGCUUUAAGACCACAUAAAAAAACCUGAUCUGGUGCUGUGGUUGGAGAGACAGCGAGCUGAUUCUGAGGACAUGGCUGAGCUGACCUCAGUGUUGGAGGAGGUGAGACAUCUGGCACAUUGCUGUGUAAAUACACUGCUGACAAGAGACGAAAUACUUUCAAAUGCAACCUUUAAGGAAAACGCCAAGAUACCUUACACAAACAGAAACAUUAAUAUGACUGCAUACCUCCUCAAACACCAAAAACACAUCAUCCAACGCAUUAGUAUUCCAAGCUGUUAACUAGUAGCACUUUGUCAUGUUGCCCACGCAUGUGGAAGGUGGUCUUUGGUGUCAAGAAUGGACUGAAGUGAUGAUGUACUGCUCCUUUGUUGGUUCUUUGUUAGUUCUUCCAACUUUUCCUAAGGUUUUGUGAAAAUCGGUUCCAUUAUUAUGUCAGUCUUGUCAUUAAAAUAAAUGAAUGUCCAGGGUGUGACCCUGUCACCAAGCUUUGUGAACAUCAGGUGACAGGGUUCUGAGCAGUCCAGCUAACAAAUAGACAGACAACACAACAGAUACCUUUGUUGCCUUCUCAGAAAACAGAAUGUCUCAAAAACAUCACAUGAGGGAAGAGAAAAUAUAAAAAGGAACAUUUAUCCCACUGGAAAAAUAAAAGAACUUCAUGUAAAAUUCAGCUGUGUUUUGUCUCCGGUGAUGUUGGGUCAAGGAUUUAUAACUACAGUGCUGCCCAUCACCACUGCUGCUGCAAAUAAUACAGGUCUGACGAGCAGAUUAUCAUUGUUGUGCAUCUGAAAACUCUAAUCUCAAAAGAUUACGUUGAUUUAGUUUUAUUUUUGCUGUAUUUUCUGUGAUCUUGUUCACAAUGUUUUGGCGUCCCAAAACGGUCUUCAGGUGGAGACGGUGCCACGGCUGUUAGCUGUAAUUAAGGCUGUACGUUAACUACCUGUGGAGGAGAAGACUGUGUUUUGACAGGAGAGCAGUGGGGUGUCUCCAGCUGGGAUCUGAUGUCUGAAAAUUUAAAGUGGAUGGUUUGUAUCAUUUUGGAGGAACAAAGUUUAGUUAAACAAUAUAGGGGUGAUUCUUUAACUACGGGCACUAUUGGCCUUGUAAAUGUAAUUUCCACCACACCAUUGCCUUACAAUAUAAAGCGCCUUGGGGCAACUGUUUGUUGUGAUUUGGCGC